GGAGUAAGGUAGAGGUCAGCCCUGUCACUUUAAUACCCAGCAGUCUCUCUGGAGGAUUGCGAGAAAAGAGAAGGAAUAUUAUUGUUUUCUUGGCAAAAGGAAGAUUAGUAUUGGAAUUGUAUGGCUUGUGAGCAAACUUACCUUUUGCUUUCCCUUCCCUCCCCAGUCAAGAAAACCAGUAAUACAUAGGAAAGAUAACUGGCAUGGAGAGCAGAUGGGUCUGACUUCUUUUGCAGAAAAAAGGAGAGAAGAAAACAGGACUAGACAGAAAGGAAAGAGGAAGUAAAAGGAGGCAAUAAAAGGAGGAGCAAACUCUGAUCAAAGAAAGGAAGGAGAAGACACGAAAGUAAAAAGGUUGUAAAAAAUAAGAUUUGAAAGAGGCAAGUUGCGGUUCAUUUAAGUGGAGAGUCUCUCUUCUUCAUAGACCUUAGGUCCAGGAGCCUGAGAUGGCCCAGGAUUUUGAAAGAAGACAGCGAGUAGACACUACAUGAUUCAGAAGACAUAGCAACUCAACACCAUGGGCAACCAUCUUUUGUUUGUGGGUUUCUCUACUCUGACGUGUCUUUCCCAGCUUCCUUGGGUGACUUGUGAAGAGAACUGUGUGGCUCCUGAGCACUGUCUGACCACUGACUGGGUCCAUCUCUGGUAUAUCUGGCUGCUAGUAGUGAUUGGUGCCCUAUUCCUUCUGUGUGGCUUGACCUCAAUCUGCCUCCGCUGUUGCCUCAGUCGACAGCAGACAGGAGAGGAGGUGGGUCCACCGCCGUAUGAAGUGACAGUCAUUGCCUUUGACCAUGACAGCACCCUUCAGAGCACCAUCACUUCUCUUCAAUCAGUCUUUGGACCAGCGGCCCGUCGGAUCUUGGCAGUAGCUCACUCUCACAAUCCCAUACAGAUACCUUCCUUGUCUUCCACCCUGGAGAUGCCCCCAGGCUAUGAAGAAGCUCUUCAUAUGAGUCGAUUCACAGUGUCCAGGUGUGGACAGAAAGCUCCUGAUCUGGCUCCAGUGCCUGAAGAGAGGCAACUGCCCCAUAGGGAGAAGGACGUUCCCCAACAACAUGCAGGGGAUGCUCCUACUUGACAGUCUCCUGGGUGUGAGAACCAGGUGGAGCACCUGGAGCACCCCACUCUCACACACGGAGUCCUAGCAUAGCUCUCCUGGGGUCAAGGUAGUAGUCUGUGUGUCGAUAACUCUAGUUCUUGAGCCUCCCCUAAUGUGCUUAUUGCUUUUCUCUUAGUCUUCCAGAGGUCACAAUUUGUUCACAACAAAGGCAUUAAUGAAAUAAUGUGGUAAUAAAAAUCAAAAUAGGACAUUCCUUCCAUAGAUCUGAAGUACACUCUCCCACAAACACACAUCCCAUCAGAGGUGAGAAAUGAGCACCAGAGGAGCACACACAUAGAGAAUGUGUUUCCAAGUCUCACACGUGGAGGGGCAAACCACCUCCAAAGCAGCAGGACCACAAAUGGCUUCUGCUGAUAUCUUUAUGUUGUUCUCGUUGGUCUUAUUAUAUUCCCUGAUUGGUGUAGAAUUUCUACUGGCUUAACUGCUCUGCUAGUUCCUAAUAUUUCUGCAAUAACUGAUAGGGAUAUAGUGUUAUCCAGGCACUGCUUUUCUGAUUUCCAGUGAUUUAAUGUUGAACUUCAGGACACAAUUGUCUCUACAGGACAUUGCUUCCUGCUACCAUUUUCUGGGAUUUAGCUCUUUGGAGUCUUUUGCUAGUCAUCUCAGCUUUCACUGAUAAAGGUACAAUGACUUGAAUCUCUCCCCACUAAGGGCAUAGUCACAGCCACCAUAGCCUACUAGCAAAAAGCAGAGUGCCCCAUGACUGAUUGUCUUUUUCAUCCCUAUAUCUGCAGGGAGAUUGCUGGCCUCUAUUUCAGACAACCAUACUACUUAGGGUUAGCUAUUUUUCAUAUCCUACCUGCAUUAGCAUGAAAAUGAAUUUGAAGGGGGUUGCUGGAGGGCUCAGUGGUUAGAAAGCCAAGUCUAGAGACAGGAGGUCCUGGGUUCAAAUCUUAUCUCAGCACCUCCUAGCUUAGUAUUAUACGUACUUAGGAUCAAUUCUAAGCCAAAGGUAAAGGAGAAAGAAAGAAAGAAAGAAAGAAAGAAAGAAAGAAAGA